CACGAAGGGGGCGGAUCGACCGCGUUUCAGGGCUGGCGACGGCGGCGGUUGCUGCUGAUUUCUCCGCCCACGUCCUCCUACCCGUCCAGGGGAAGAAAAAAAAAACAGGGAAGAAAACAAAAAAGGAAGUGCUUGAGGCCGGCUGACGAGCUGGGCUGGGAGUAUUUUGCAGUCCGUCAGAGAGGACGUCGGGCGGCUUGGUGGUUUUUGUUUUCCCUUCCCUCCGCCGGCAUUGCUCGGCGUUGCCACGGCCGCUUUCUCCUCCGCUGCUGGGCAUCGGAUAGACAGAGGGGGAGGCGGCGGCGGGCAAUCAGAAAUCCGGGAAGAUCCGCCCCUCUCUCACACACACUCUCUGUCUCUCUCUCUCUCUUACACACACACAUACACACACACCCUCCCAGGGGCAUCAGCUGGGCAUUCCUGGGCUCACCAUGGUCGCGCUCUAUCUGCUCUUCUUCGCCGGUCGCCUGGUAGCGCCGGGGGGCGCCUUCAACCUGGACGCGGAGAGCCCGACUGUAUACUCGGGCUCCGACGGCAGUUACUUCGGCUUCGCGGUGGAUUUCUUCGCCCCCGACCGUUCCUCGAUGUUUCUUCUUGUGGGUGCUCCAAAGGCCAACACUACUCAACCUGGGAUUGUAGAAGGAGGCCAGGUGCUCAAGUGUAACUGGAAUACCAAUCAAAACUGUCAGCCAAUCAUAUUUGAUGCUAGAG